CACACAUUCCUUUCAAAACCACGUUCAUUAACUUGUUCCCAUUCCCCCUCCUCGACAUUUCCAUCCCGUCCCACGUUUUUCUUAUUCUCUCCACAUCAAACAAACAGGAGCAGACAGACAGCAACAAUGACCGAGUCGGGGACCCCAAAGCCCGAGCCGCGGCUCGAUGCCCUGGGCAUCUUCUGGAUCGUCUUUGCCCUCGCCUGGACCUUUAUACUGGCGGGCGGAAUGUACUUUCUCUGGCGCCGUCGCGAUAUGCCUCUGCUCAGGAUCCGAGGUCUGCCUCUGUCGUUUGCUGCCAUCAUCCUCCUGCACCUUUACUGGGGAGCCGUCCAGACGGGCUACGUCUACUUCCCGCUCUGGACCCCCGAGGGAGAGUUCUGGAUCAUGAGCACCUACUUUCCCUUUGGUGUCGCCCUCUUCCACGCCUCCAACAGCCGCUUCCUCCAUGUCGCCAAACAGCAAAAGGAGCUGUUUGCCAUGGACGAAAAGUCUCCUUCCAAGUCUAACCGAUCUCGUUCCGGUUCUCUCAUUGCUCGAUUCAAGUCUCUUGAUUAUAACAAGAAAAUCUACAUCACCAUCGGCGCAGGCAUGGCUAUUCAGCUCAUCCUCACCGUCACCAUGUUUCUUAUCUCUCGGAAAUUCCACCCUUCGUUCGGUAUCCCCGGCACCGAGCUCCAUCCCGGCUCGGAAGAGUACCGCAAGUCUCAGAUGGGCAAGGGCUGGGAAUGGUGGCCCUCGGUCUUUUGGCAGUUCUUCUGGGCAUGGAUCGUCGCCCCUUACAUCCUCUGGCAGGCUCGCGGUGUCAAUGAUACGCAGGGAUGGAGGACGCAGACCAUUGCUUGCUGCCUCGCCAGUCUUCACGCUACACCUAUGUGGCUCAUCGCCUUGUAUGUUCCCGCCAUGGCUCCCGUCAACAAGUACUGGAUUCCUCCUCAAUGGCUCGCCAUCUCCAUCAUGAUGAUCGAGAUCUUCACCGUCUUCCUCCCCUGCGUCGAGGUCAUCCGACACCAGACCCUGCGACAAGAGACCCUCGACUCUAUUGCUCAAUGGCAGCUCAACAAGAAGGCUGCUACCAAGGGUGCCAGGUCUGUCGCCACUGGAUCAACAACGGUCGCCGUGUCUGCCUUUACAUCUUGGUCCAAGGACGGCUCCGUCAAGAGCAGCGGCUCUGGCGAGAGUAUCUUGACCAUGGAGGCCCUUGAGUAUGUCCUCGAGCGCAACCCCGAGCCUCUCCAGCAAUUCUCGGCCCUUCGCGACUUUUCUGGUGAAAAUAUUGCCUUCUUGAGGGCUGUCGCCGAGUGGAAGGCUUCAUUACCCCCGGCUGUCCGCGACGCCGAGAAGAUCAAGGACGCAUCAGUUCAGGAACUCGUCCGCGAACGAUUCAACAGCGCCCUCCGCAUCUACACCAACUUUGUCAGCUCCCGCGACGCCGAGUUCCAGGUCAACCUAUCCUCUCAAGACCUAAGAAAACUCGAAGCCGUCUUUGAGAGCUCAGCACGCAUUCUCUACGGCGACAAGCGCAACGUCGACCCCGCGACUCCAUUUGACUCAUUCGCCAUGACAACAAAGGUCAAGUCCUCAUCAGCAUCUUCACACGGCUCCGAAACAGGCAUCAUGACCGAGUCCAUCAACAACGACGUCGAGCACAUCGGUGACAAGGCCCUCUACUGGGGUGACAUCCCCGAAGGCUUUGACGCGGGUGUAUUCGACGACGCCGAGGGAAGCAUCAAGUACCUGGUCCUGACCAACACCUGGCCAAAGUUUGUCAAGGAUCGACGAUGCUCGAUCGACUCUAACGAUACCCUCGAGGCUGGUAAUGGAAUCCCCACAGCCCGUUAAUUGCGGUUAUGGGUUACUUAUUUUACGAGUAUGGGAGUUUACGGUGAAUAUCUUUGGCGGGGUUUCUUCUGGGAGGGAUUUUGAUGCUUCAAUUAUUCUUAAUGAAAACGCGACUGAAUACCAGUCUUUCUUCCUCUUC